UAUUACGAUGUGGGGAGGUGGAAGAGGAAACUUCAGAUGGAGAAGAGGACCUUCUUCACCAUUUGUGGCAUGCUGGAGAGCGAGAUCCGGAAGCAAGAUACCGGUUGGAGGAGUGUGUUGCCGGUGGAUGUUCGACUGGGGGUGACUUUGUACAAGCUUUUCAAGAACACAGAUUACUUGGAUCUGGUGGACAAGUUCAGCAUCGGGGAGUCCACAGCUCAUGAACACUACUGUGGUGAUUGUCAAGUGUCUCAGGUACAGGAUUCAUUUUCCUUCAACCGCCAAGGAGGUUCGAGCUGUUGUUGCUGGCUUUCGACAAGUGACAGGAACCCGACUGCCUAAUGUUGCUGGAGCGAUCGACUGUACUCCGAGAUCAUCCGACCUACUAGACUGGACGGCGAGAGCUACUACGAUCGGAAGCAGCGGUACUCGGUCAUCUUGCAAGGGGUUUGUGAUGCCCAGAAGAGGUUUCCUCAGUGUCUACGCUGGGUGGCCAGGACGCGUCCACGACAUGAGGGUUUUUCGUAAUUCAGCCCUCAGGAACAAGAUUGUAGCAAGGGAGCUGCUGACAUCGCCCGCGGUGUUAGCAUAUGAUGAUAGGAUCAAGCCAUACCUAGUGGGGGACAAAGGGUACCAACUCCAGCAGCAUCUGAUGAUUCCACACACAACUCUGAACCCGACACCAUCCAAGGCAGCUUUCAACCUUCAUCACCACCUUGCUUGGAUUGUUAUUGAGCAAGCAUUUGGACUUCUUAAAAUGAAGUUCAGAUGCUUGGAUAAAAAACAAAGGAUCCAGCCAAAGUACCUUCCCAACAUCAUCAAGAGUUGUUGCAUCUUGCAAAAUUUCUUGAUUGAUGUUGGGGAGACUGAUCUUCAGGCGGAGAUCCAAGCUUGGAGGAAAGAGGUGAAAAGGCUCAAGGACCAGGUACCUCUUUGUCGAUUACGGUGAUCCCGAGCAAGCAGAAGGGGAACCUCGUGAGGAGUUGCACAGUCCAGAGGAUGCAAAAGAGGUUAGAGAGAACCUCACGUUUUCCCUGUGUCUUUGCCAGUGGCGUUCGUGUUUGCUUUGAAAUUUGCUAUGUGUGAACCCAACUUUCUUAAUUUUUAAAGUGGGUCUCUUAAGUUUUUUUUCACUAAAUAAAUGUGCGAAUUGGUCC